AUGGAUGACGAAAAAGAACGGACAGAAACAUCUGGUUCAAAACGUGUUAAUAACAGUAACGUUAACAAAGACAGUAACACACAUUUGAGUAAGGAUGUGGAUGCUAUGUUGGAGCAGGCAUGUUUAGAUAGAGAUAAAGAUUUGGAUAAGUUAAUGAACCCAUAUGGUGAUGAUACGGAUGCCUUUGGAUUUCCGGUCACAAAUGGUGCAGUUGAAUUUGAGUCUUCAUUAGCUGCUGCUCAAGUAAAUCAUGAUCAUAUCUCAGGCCAUGGGCCAAUGGAGGUUCGUUCGCCUUAUAGUUAUCUCACUGCACACUCACCUUUUGUUAGUUCAUCUCCAAGGACUCCAAGGACCCCGAGGACCCCAAGAACCCCUUGGACCCCAAAGCCUAAGCGAAUAUGCGAUGCACAAGAUAAGAAUGCAGAAAUCAUUCGUUUAGUGGAUUCUGCAAUCAUGGGACAGCCUGAAAGUAUGGGAACUAUGAAGGAUAUUGUGAGUGGUGUAGAGAAUUGUGGAGAAGGUUUCGAUACGGAUACUGUUGCUUUCUUGGUAGUUGAUACACUUCUUACCACUAUGGGGGGAGUUGACUAUUUUGAAGAAGAUGAGGAUAAUAAUCCGCCUAGUGUGAUGAGAAAUUCCAGGGCUGCUGUAAUAUCAGGUGAGCUUAUUCCUUGGCUUCCUUGGUUAACAGACAGUGUUGGUUUCAUGUCCCCUAGGACUCGACUGGUUCGUGGAUUGCGUACUAUACUGCGAGCAUGUACAAGGAACAGAGCUAUGUGCAGUUCAGCAGGUUUGACAGGGGUUCUUUUGCAGACAGCCGAGAAGAUAUUUCUUGAUGAUGCUGGUUCAGCCAAGCAAUUGAGGUGGAAUGGAUCUCCAUUAUGUUCCUGCCUCCAAUAUUUAGCUGGACAUUCUCUCAGCGUAACUGAUCUCAACAUGUGGUUUCAGCUAGUUAGAAGAACAAUUGACACUUCAUGGGCUCCUCGUUUAAUGAUCUCUUUGGAGAAGGCCCUGAGUGGCAAGGAGGCAAGGGGCCCACAGGCUUCAUUUGAGUUCGACGGUGAAAGCUCUGGUUUACUUGGUCCAGGAGAGGGUCGUUGGCCGUUCCCGAAUGGGUUUGCUUUUGCAACAUGGAUCUUUGUUGAGUCGUUUGCCGACACUUUGUAUACAGCAACUGCUGCUGCAACAGUAGCGGCAGAAGCAGAAGCUAAAUCAGGAAAGUUUUCAGCUAUGUCCGCGGCUGCUGCCGCUAGCGCACUUGCAGAUGAAGGCAAGGCGAAUAUGCCCCGGCUCUUUAGCUUCAUAUCGGCUGAUAAUCAGGGUAUAGAGGCGUAUUUUCAUGCACAAUUUUUGGUUGUUGAAAGUGGUAGCGGAAAGGGGAAGAAGAAUUCCGUGCAUUUUAGUCAUGCAUUUAAGCCAAAAUGUUGGUAUUUUGUUGGUGUGGAGAACACUUCCAAACAAGGCGCACAUGGUGAAGUGAGAUUGUAUAUUGAUGGAAAAUUGCACGAAAGUCAUCCUUUUGAUCUCCCUCGAAUCUCCAAGCCACUUUCAUUUUGUUGCAUUGGAACGAAUCCUCCACCAACCAUGGCUAGUUUUCAUCAAAAUUCUCGUCAAUGCCCUUUGUUUGCUGAGAUGGGACCUAUAUAUAUCUUUAAAGAACCAAUCGGUCCAGAGAUGAUUGCUAGGUUGGCUUCUAGGGGGGCGGAUUCAAUUCCCUCAUUUGGUAAUGCUGCAGGGUUGCUGUGGUUGGCAACUAAUGCUCACGUGCAAAAUAUUGAAGAGGAAAGUGCUCGUCUGGAUGCAGACAUAGGAGGAUACCUGCACCUUCUAUAUCAUCCUAGUUUACUAAACGGCCGUCACUGUCCAGAUGCUUCUCCUUCCGGUCCUUCAGGAUUGCUUCAAAGACCUGCUGAGGUUCUUGGGCAUGUACCUGUAGCUACAAGGAUGCGGCCCGCGGAAGCUUUGUGGGCGUUGGCAUACGGAGGUCCAAUGUCUUUACUUCCAUUUGUAGUAAGCAAGGUUGACCAUGAUACCUUGGAACCGGAACAAGGCAAUCUUAAUUUGUGUCUGGCCACAGUUUCUCUUGCCGCUCCAAUAUUCAGGAUCAUAUCAGUGGCAAUCCAACACCUUGGGAACAGCAAUGAGUUGUGCCGUGCAAGAGGGCCGGAGGUUUUGUCGAAAAUAUUAACCCAUCUUCUGAAAACUUUAUCGUCACCUGAUGUUGCCAAGCAUACAGUGGCGGAUGAGGAAAUUGUGGCAGCGGUUGUCAGUUUAUGUCAAUCUCAGAAGAACAAUUGUACACUUAAAAUGCAACUUUUCAGUACGUUGUUGCUGGAUCUGAAAAUUUGGAGCUUAUGUAGCUAUGGGAUACAGAAGAAGCUUUUAUCGUCUCUAGCAGAUAUGGUUUUCACAGAGUCAUCUGUACUGCGUGAUGCAAAAGCUAUCCAAACCCUUCUUGAUGGCUGCAGGAGAUGUUAUUGGACUAUUCGUGAAAAAGAUUCGAUGAAUUCAUUUUCUUUGAACGGAUCACCACGUCCGGUUGGGGAAGUGAACGCUCUAGUUGAUGAGCUUCUAGUAGUUAUUGAACUUCUUCUGGUGGAAGCUCCUCCUCCAAUGGCUGUGAAUGAUAUUCGCUGUUUGCUUGGCUUCUUGGUUGAUUGUCCACAACCAAAUCAGGUCGCGAGGGCAUUGCACCUGAUAUAUAGGCUGGUAGUACAACCAAAUACUUCUAGAGCUCAGACUUUUGCAGAGGCAUUCAUAUCAUGUGGUGGUAUAGAAACGCUUCUGGUUCUAUUGCAGCGGGAGGCAAAAGCUGGAGAUCUUGACUUGCAAGACCUUCAAGACAUUGAUGACGAAGCUCUAUCGGUCUUAGGAUCUAAAGCCGAAAGUGGUAGUGGGGUUCUGGAAAGUAAUGUUGAUGAUGUUGGAUCCUUGAAUGGAAGUGAAUGGUCAACUUAUGAACCUCAGAGUCGUAAUAGUUUCCUUCUUGCAUGCACAAGCUCUAGUUUAGGAAGUAGAGCCUCGUAUUCUGAGUCUCAACUCCUAAAAAAUUUGGGUGGUAUAAGAUUCUCAAUCAGCGCUGAGAAUGCAAGAAACAAUGUUUAUAACAUCGACAAAAGUGAUGGCAUUGUUGUUGCAAUAGUUGGCCUCUUUGGGGCUUUAAUUAUCUUAGGGCAUCUAAAAUUUGGUUCUAUUGCUCCUCCAGAUCUUACAGGCAACCUUUAUGGCUUGCUUGAGGGUGCAGGUAGUAUGUUUGAUGAUAAAGUUUCUCUUCUACAUUUUGCUUUGCAAAAGACUCUGCAAGCAGCACCGAACAGGCUUAUGACUGGGAACGUCUACGCAGCUUUAUUGGGUGCCUCGUUAAAUACAUCAACAACAGAUGAGGAAAUGAACUUCUAUGAUCCACGGCAUCGCUUUGAGCAUUUAGAGCUCUUGUUAGUUCUUUUGCGUUCACUGCCAUAUGCGACAAAGAGUUUUCAAACUCGAGCAUUACAGGAUCUUCUGAUUUUGGCUUGCAGUCAUCCAGAAAAUAGAAGCAGACUCACAAAGAUGGAGGAAUGGCCAGAUUGGCUCUUGGAAAUUCUCAUAUCUAAUCAUGAGAUGGGUGCAAUGAAUGCUUCAAUGUCUUCAAGCAUAAGAGAUGUUGAAGACCUUGUACACAAUUUUCUUGUUAUCAUGUUAGAGCAUUCAAUGCGUGAGAAGGACGGAUGGAAGGAUAUUGAAGCUACAAUUCAUUGUGCAGAAUGGCUUUCGAUGAUAGGGGGAUCUAGCACGGGAGAGCAGCGGGCCAGGCGUGAGAAAUCAUUGCCUAUCUUUAAAAGAAGGCUUUUUGGUGAGUUGCUGGACUUCAUUGCCAGAGAGCUGCGAGUUCAGACUCAAGUAAUUGCUGCAGCAUCUGCUGGUGUUGCAUCCUAUGGAUUACCACCUGAAAUCUCUAAGGCAGAAAUAGAGAAUGCUGCCCAGCUUUCUGUGGCUUUGGUUGAGAACGGAAUUGUGAUGUUAAUGCUUGUUGAAGAUCAUUUGCGCUUGCAAAGCAAACUAUUUAGCUCUACCCGCACUCAAGCUGGUUCUGCUUCUCCUCUUUCAGCUGUCCUACAUGUGGGUAACUCUACAAAUCCCUCUGCAAUCACAAAACCGUUGGAAGGAGGGGAUUCAUCUAAGGACUCUGAAGGACUUCCUUUUGAUGUUCUUGCUUCUAUGGCUGAUGGUAAGGGGGAAAUUUCGGCAUCCGUAAUGGAACGUCUUACAGCUGCAGCGGCAGCUGAACCUUAUGACUCUGUUUCUUGUGCUUUUGUGUCAUAUGGAAGUUGUGUGAAGGAUUUAGCCGAUGGAUGGAAAUAUAGAAGCCGGCUGUGGUAUGGGGUUGGUCAACCUUCAAAUGCAGCUGACUUUGGUGGUGGUGGCAGUGGCUGGGACUCCUGGAAAUCUUGUUUGGAGAAAGAUUCGAAUGGUAACUGGGUUGAAAUUCCGUUAAUAAAGAAAUGUGUCUCCAUGCUACAAGCUUUGUUGUUAGAUGAAUCUGGACUUAGUGGGGGGCUUGGUAUCAGUGGAGGUACUGGUACAGGGAUGGGAGGUAUGGCGGCUCUUUAUCAAUUGUUAGAUAGUGACCAACCCUUUUUAUGCAUGCUUCGUAUGGCACUUCUUUCUCUGAGGGAAGAUGAUGAUGGUGGAAAUGGCAUGCUUAUGAAAAAUGCUAAUCUUGAUGAUGGGUUGGCUGAAAGAUCACAUGGAGAAGAUGGAAGUGCUCCGUCAUCCUUAGAAAGCAGUCCUUGGACAUCAACGCAGCAGCCCCGUUCAGCAUUAUUAUGGAGUGUGCUUGCGCCUAUCCUGAAGAUGCCAGUUUCUGAGCCCAAGCGACAGAGAGUGUUGGUCGCGUCAUGCGUUUUAUAUUCGGAGGUGUGGCAUGCUGUCAGCCAGGACAGAGCCCCUCUUCGGAAACAGUAUCUAGAGGCUAUUGUGCCACCACUUGUAGCUGUUCUAAGGAGGUGGCGCCCUCUUUUGGCCGGAAUCUAUGAAUUUGCUACCCAAGAUGGUUUAAAUCCUCUUGCUGUUGAUGACCCAGCCCUAGAUGCUGAUGCAACGCCUAUAGAGAGUGCCCUUGCUAUGAUCACUCCUGCCUGGGCUGCUUCUUUUGCAUCUCCACCUGCUGCAAUGGCAUUGGCCAUGAUUGCCGCAGGUGCUGCUGGAGCGGAGACCGCCACCCCUGCUCCUGCAAUAAAUGUUCAUCUAAAGCGUGACUCUUCUACUUUGCAUGAGAGAAAAACAGCUAAACUUCAUACGUUUUCAAGCUUUCAAGAACCCUUAGCGGUACCCAAGAAAUCAUCAGCUGUUUUAAAGGACAAAGCUGCUGCAAGAGCAGCUGCUUUGGCUGCUGCUCGUGAUAUCGAACGAAAUGCUAAAAUUGGUUCUGGAAGAGGUUUAACGGCUGUGGCAAUGGCUACAUCUGGACAGCGUCGGAGUAAAAGCGAUAUGGAACGUGUAAUGAGAUGGAAUGUUUCUGAAGCAAUGGGAACUGCCUGGAUGGAAUGCUUGCAGUCGGUGGAUACAAAAUCUGUCUACGGGAAAGACUUCAACGCACUGUCGUAUAAAUUUGUUGCUCUCCUUGUUGGGAGUUUAGCUUUUGCUAGAAACAUGCAACGAUCAGAGGUCGAUAGACAUGCCCGAGUUGAUUUUAUUGCUCGGCAUCGUCUAUGUACUGGUAUACGUGCCUGGCGGAAACUCAUCCGUUAUCUGAUCGAGACUGAAAGUCGUUUUGGAUUAUUAACUGAAAAUCUUUGCACUCCUGAACGAGUUUUCUGGAAGAUAGAAUGCUUGGAGAGCUCUACAAGGAUGCGUAGAUGUUUAAAGAGGGACUUUAAAGGAUCAGAUCAUGCUGGUGCUGCUGCAAAUUGUGAAGACCCUAAGGAGCUGGAACGUGAUAAAGAGAAUGCAACUUGUCCUUCUAAUUCAAUUUUGGCUACAGAAGCUAUUUCGAGACUACUAGUAAACAUGGAGGAUGAGCAAGAUGCAGUUGUUAACAUAGAGGGAAACACGGAUGAGAUGUGGCUGUAUGAGGAUAUUCAGACAAGGCCAUCUGGGACUCCAGAGCAGCAGUUGCAGGUGCCAAUGGAUUCUACAGAACCUCAAGUUACGAAUUACCAAGACUUAGGACAGAGUACAUCAACAGCUGGCCCUGGAUACAGUCCCGGUGAACAUUAUGAAAUAAUUAUUCUUGAGCUUCCAGCAUCGAUGGUCCGACCACUAGAAGUUCGACAAGGAACAUUUCAGAUAACUACCAGGAGACUUAACUUUCUGGUUGAUAAGUCUGAGGGAAAAGUCGAAGAUAAAGUUGAAGAUAAGGACCGGAGCUGGUUGAUGUCUUCACUUCAUCAAUUACACAGCAGGAGAUAUCUCCUACGGAGAAGUGCUCUGGAAUUAUUUAUGGUUGACCGAUCGAACUUUUUCUUUGAUUUUGGGAAUGCUGAGGCGAGAAUGAGAGCGUAUCGAGCUAUUAUUCAUGCACGUCCUUCCCACUUGAACAAUAUUUUCUUGGCGACUCAGAGACCUGAACAAAUUCUCAAGCGGACUCAACUCAUGGAACGCUGGUCACGCUGGGAGAUCAGCAACUUUGAAUAUUUAAUGCAGCUCAACACACUGGCUGGACGUAGCUAUAACGACAUCACCCAGUAUCCUGUUUUCCCAUGGAUUCUUUCAGAUUACAAGUCAACUCAUUUGGAUCUUGCCAAUCCGUCAUCUUACCGGGAUCUUUCAAAGCCCAUUGGAGCAUUGAAUGACGAUCGCUUGAAAAAAUUCCAGGAAAGAUACUAUAGCUUUAAUGAUCCAGUCAUACCCAAGUACCAUUAUGGUUCACAUUACUCGACUGCUGGGACAGUGUUGUAUUAUCUCAUGCGAGUAGAACCAUAUACUACCCUUUCAAUUCGAUUACAAGGUGGCAAAUUUGGCCACACAAACAGAAUGUUUUCAGAUAUUGGUGCUACUUGGAAUGGAGUUUUGGAGGACAUGAGUGACGUGAAGGAACUGGUCCCUGAGCUGUUUUACUUUCCGGAGAUGUUGACGAAUGAGAAUUCAAUUGAUUUUGGUACCACACAACUUGGAGAUAAACCGGAUUCUGUUAAGCUUCCUCCUUGGGCUGAAAAUCCUGUUGAUUUCAUGCAUAAGCAUCAAAUGGCUCUUGAGAGUGAACAUGUCUCUGCUCAUUUGCAUGAAUGGAUUGAUCUCAUAUUUGGGUACAAGCAACAAGGGAAAGAAGCUAUUUCAGCAAACAAUGUAUUCUUUUAUGUCACGUAUGAAGGGGCCGUUGAUAUCGACAAAAUUCAAGAUCCAGUCCAGCGGCAUGCUAUACAAGAUCAAAUUGCUUACUUUGGACAAACCCCAUCACGUCUUUUGACAAUCCCUCAUAUAAAGAAGAUGCCGCUUGCAGAUGUUCUUCAUAUGCAGACCAUCUUUCGGAAUCCCAAAGAAGUCAAACCAUAUCAUGUUCCAUCUCCGCAUCAUUGCAAUCUACCUGCGUCCGCCAUUCACGCAUCUUCAGAUUCUCUUGUAAUUGUUGAUACUAAUGCUCCCUCAGCAAACAUAGCAUUACACAAGUGGCACCCAAAUACGCCGGAUGGACAUGGAAUGCCGUUCAUGUUUCAACAUGGAAAAGCUAAUGUAAGCUCCGGUGGUGGAACUUUCAUGCGUAUAUUCCGAGGAAGAAGUGCGUCCAGUUCAGAGGAACGGAAAUUUCCCCAAGCUCAUGCCUAUGCAGCUUCAGGGAUUACCAGCUCUUCCAUAGUCUCUGUCACAUAUAACAACGAAGUUAUCACGGGUGGACAUGUGGACAACAGUAUCCGGUUGGUAUCACCUGAUGGAGCAAAAACCUUGGAAAUAGCCAGAGGGCAUUGUGCACCCGUGACUUGUAUGUUUCUAUCACAUGAUAGCAAGUAUCUCGUCACUGGUUCCCGAGACACAACGAUUCUAGUCUGGAGAAUACAUCGGUCACCAAGAUUUCGGUCAUGCAUAUUGCCGGAGCCGCCCACCGGCACAGCGACCCCAACUUCAGUUAGUGCUACUACUGCAGCAAGUGGUUUCACAGAUAAAAACCGAAGAAGGCGGAUUGAAGGUCCCAUACAGGUUAUCCGUGGCCAUCUUGGAGAAGUUAUCAACUGUUGUGUCAAUUCAGAUCUUGGAACCGUUGCCUCGUGCUCCAAUUUUUCGGGCGUUUUGCUUCAUUCGAUGAGUAGGGGCAGAUUGCUCAAGAAGCUUCAUGGUGUAAAGGCUCAUAUAGUCAGGCUUUCACGAAAUGGUAUCGUUGUCACUUGGAAUAAUUCACUACGCUCUCUCUCCACUCACACUCUUAACGGGAUUCUAGUUGCCCGGGCACAUCUUCCUCUCUCAUGUAGAGUUAAUUGCAUGGAGAUUUCUUUUGAUGGGCGGAGUGUUUUGAUGGGAUUAAACUCGUGUUCGGAAAAUGAGUGUGAUGAUGAGGAAAAUGAAGUUGCUGAAAUCGAGAGAUUGAAUGUUCCAUCUCCUUCAGUUUGUCUCAUCGAUCUGCAUACUCUUAAGGUGUUUCACACAAUGAAACUUGAAGAAGGGCAAGAUAUAACGGCACUGGCGAUGAACAAGGACAACACUAAUCUAUUGGUGUCAACAUCUGAUAAAAAAUUAAUAAUCUUUACAGAUCCUGCGUUGAGCUUGAAGAUGGUGGGUGAUAUGCUACUUUCAUGA